UCUUCUCUAUGACAGGUUCCCAGCGCCCCGGUCUUCCUUGUUGGGCGGAGAGCGGUGGCUAGUUGUGUAAUAGGCUGGAUCGGUGAUGAGAGUUUGUGGUGGUGGCUGGGACACACAGAAGUCACUAUGAGGGAGAAGAGGAGCAGGCGGCGGAGAACGGGAAGAAAAGAGGAGUCGGGGACAACGAUGCAAUCAACGUCAACAGAUGACUUCAUAGGAGCUAGCAGCUCUAAAGCUGUCUCCAGGAAAUCGCACAAUAAAGGAUCCCCAGCAGAUGUUUCUCCUGACUCAAAGUGUCCCAUAUGUCUGGACCGCUUUGAAAACAUAUCACACUUGGACCGAUGUCUCCACAGGUUUUGCUUUAAAUGUAUAAAGGAAUGGGCAAAAAACAAAGCAGAAUGUCCCCUAUGCAAGCAGCCCUUUCAUUCUAUAUUUCAUAGUGUCCGAGCCGAAGAUGAUUUCAAAGAAUACGUUUUGAGGCCCACUUUAAAUGGCUCUUUUGGUAGUCCAGAUGGGCAGAGGUUUCGCUAUCGUACUACUAUGACGAGGGAAAAUCAAUUGCCCAGUCAAUUGCCCAUGCGAACAUUAAGAUCAUCUGCACACAGAACGUUUUCGCCUACAGACAAUGGCGUUCUGUUUGAGGGUUAUACAAAUAGACCAUCUCGUCAAAGAGGCAGCAAUAUUCAACAGAUGAUGAGAAGGCUAGCUUCCAGGCGGCAAGCCAGUGCAGAGGGCAGGGCGAUGAGGCAGAUUCAAGAGCAGGAGCUCGUCAACUUCAGGCGAGCACUUUACCGCUCAGGAAUGCAUGUCAGGAAUAUUCAGGAUGGUGGACGCUAUCGUGAUAUUUCUGCUGAGUUCUUCCGCAGAAAUCCUGCUUGCCUUCAUCGGCUUGUGCCCUGGCUUAAACGGGAAUUGACAGUCUUAUUUGGCACACACGGUUCCCUUGUUAACAUUGUACAGCACAUCAUCAUGAGCAACGUUACUCGAUAUGACAUGGAAAGUCGAGCUUUUUUAGAGGAUUUGCAGCCUUUCUUGCUUCACCGUACAGAACACUUUCUUCACGAGUUCAUCAAUUUUGCCCGCUGCCCUUAUAAUAUGGAUGCAUAUGACCAACAUGCCAACUACGAUUGUCCUGCACCCUCCUAUGAAGAAGGUAGUGAAUCAGAAUCUUCUGUAAUUACUAUAUCCCCAGAUGAGGUUAAUACAGGGGAACCUGAUAUGCCUUCCUCUUCCAUUGAAGUUGGACAAUCUCUCUGGGAUGAUGAAACACCUGGACCUUCCUACUCCACAGUGGAGCAGGCAACUAGUAGCGUGUUAACUACCGUGGAUAGUUCAGAUGAGGAACCUUCAAGUAGUAGACUGGAUUCCCCUCAUUUGAAUACCACUACUACUGAUGUUAUUCAGAGCCAGAUCAUUCCUACUGAUGACUGUAUUAUAGUAGGUUAUGUUAAACCACUUGCAGAAAGAACCCCAGAAUUAGUUGAACUCUCUUCUGAUUCCGAACCUUCCCUUUGUGAAGUGAAGCUUGAGCAAGCGAAAAAGCCCCAAGAAACACCUUUUACUUUAUAUGACAGUAGUGAAUCACAUAGGUCUUCCUCUGCUUCAUCUCAAUCAAGUGAUAAGCAAUCACCCAAAAUUAAGCAAAAGCUUAAAACAUCCAGCGACAAAUCUCAUUUAAAAAAGAAGAAAGAGAAAAGACCAACAGAUGCAUCUCGAAGAUGGCUUGAAUCCAGGAAAGAUGAAAAGGAUGAAAGACAUUCUUACAAUGAAGGCACAUCAAGACGGAGGGAGCGCUCUUUGAGCUCCGAUUGUUAUUCUCGUUCUUCUCGAAAUAAAGCCUGUGACGGUCACAAAAAAUGGCACACUAAAAGCAAGCAAAGAACUAAAACUCGAGAAAAGAAGCAUAAAAUUUGGAGGGAAGGAAAGAGAUCACGUAGUAGAGACAGAAGUUCAUCUUGGAGAAGCAGAACGGUUUCUUUGUCAAGCGAAAGCUCCAGAGAGCUAAAUGGAUCCAACUUGAGAAAUAGAAAGCGCAGCAAGGGGAGGUCCCAAAGUCGUGACAAUGACAACAUAGACAGCUAUCGCAGUACUUAUCAUUGGGAGUAUACAUAUUAUAGCAGAAACCGCGAUAGAGAAGAGUUUCAGAAAUCUUAUAAACGACAUUCAAGUGGUAGAGGCGAUUGCUCUAGAUAUUCCAUCAGUCCAGAUUACCAUUUACAGACUUUCUCUCAAAGGAAAGAAUCAAGGAAACUGAGAGAGACUAAUGUUGAUAAGCGCAAUUAUCAAUCAAGAAGCCGUUCCAACAGUCGCGCUACUACAGCCUGUGCUCUGCAAACCCAAUCUGACAAACCAGGUGGUAAGAGGAAAUAUAAAACCCGACAUCUAGAACCACAAAACAAAAGCAAGUGUGAGACGGAAGUCACCAAUGGAAAAGAGGAACAUACGCAGACCGCUCAAGGAGAGUCCAAGGAUAAUUUGAUGGCCAAAUCUUCAAAUGAACCUAAGCUAAAAUUGAGGAAAAAGACACGGAGCCCCAGUGUGGAAAUAGUGUACGAAGGGAAAUGCACACAGGACGCCAAACGCCAUAAAAAGAAAAAGAAGAAACACAAGAAGAAACGCAGACGUGAACAGAGUUCUCCGGUUGUCAUCAGGAUUGACAGUGAUAGUGACACCUCGAUGAGACUUGGUGUGCCAAAUAGUAAUGAUGUUACACGGCCUGGUAAAAGUGACAGCGUAGAGUCUAAUGUGGCUCUGCUUAGUGACUUGCCAACUCCCUCUACACCCGUCAACACCAUAGACGGAGAUUGUGAAGCAGCAAGCCCUUAUUCCAAAGCUUGCAAUCUGCCGUCAGUUAAUGAAUAUCUGGAUAGUUCCACAGACAUACUUGAUGGAUUAUUUUUUGGUGAAAGUUUGGACGGGCAAGCCUUCCUACCAGCACACAGUCCAACUAAAACGUCAUCUCUUCUUGAUGAAACUGCAGUGUCUGGGCUUCCCAUAUCUGAUUCUAAAUUGGAGCAGGACAGAGAGACUUCUACUACACCCCCUAUAACAACUGCCUCACAAGAAACUAUUGCUGAGAAUCCACAAGAGAUGUUUGCUCAGACUGUCUGUGAACAUUUGCAAACCAUGCCUUCUAUUGCAUCACCUCCAACAGCCUCUGAGGAGAGUACGGAAGAGAACUCCCAAGUCAUAUUUGCCGAGACUGUUUGUGAACAUUUGGAAGAUAUGGUGGAACACCUAUCUCCAACAAUUUUAUGAGCAUUUGUAUGUCUUAUUACUUUUUAACUUAAAGUUCUGCUUUCAUUUGGACAUUCAAUACGUUAAGAUCAUAAAAAAAUCGAUC